UCGGAGUUGGAUUGGUUUCUAGGUUCAUUCAGAUGGGAAGCUCUGGCGAUGCCAGUAACAAGGGUAUUGACGCGUCGGUGGGUGGGUUGGUUUGGGUCCGACGCAGAAACGGGUCAUGGUGGCCGGGUCGGAUAUUGGGUCUCGACGAGUUGUCUGAGAAUUGCUUGGUUUCCCCGAGAUCGGGAACUCCCGUCAAGCUUCUGGGUCGCGAGGACGCUAGCGUAGAUUGGUAUAACCUUGAAAAGUCAAAGAGGGUGAAAGCAUUUCGAUGCGGAGAGUAUGAUGAUUGCAUUGAAAAAGCAAAAGCUUCUGCAGCAAAUUCAAAUAAGAAGGCAGUAAAAUAUGCAAGGAGAGAAGAUGCUAUUCUCCAUGCUCUUGAGAUUGAGAAUGCUCGACAGGAGAAGGAUCAUAUGGACUUCAACACUAGAAUGAAUAAUUUGGGUGGUGAGAAUGGUAAUUCAGCCAGAGAAUCACCUUCCAUCUCUCAUUCUGGUAACGCAAAUGAUGAUAUGGAUGAUGAUGUGAGUAACUCUGAAGAGAGUUCAGACACGGUUGGGGAAUUAUCUGAGUCUGGUUUAUCUUUUGAAGGGCCAAAUCAUGUUAGUUCUUCUAAAGUGCAAUCUUUGCAGGGAAGAAGGAGAACCCCAAAUGAUUCUGAGGAUGAUGGAACAGAAGGAGUGAAGCGAAUGAGAGGGCUUGAGGACCUGGGAAUUGGUAUAUCAUCAAAAAGAAAGGUUCAGGUUGGAGGGCUGCUUGAGUUAGUUCAACAAGACAAUGCUUCACUCUCUGAUACAAACAACAGAAACUGUGUGUCUAAUGAAACUACUGUUCAUGGUAGCAGAGUUAGCUCAUCCUUGAAAAGAAAGAGAACUCAAGUGACAAAUGUUCAUGAGUUUUUGAAAAAGAAAAACCGUCGGCGUCCACUGACCAAGGUUUUGGAGAGUACAGCUAUGGUGUCUGUUCCUGUCAUUUGUGAUCAACUUCCAACUUCAUGUCGUUCACCUCUUGGGGGAUUAUCUGAUGCAAGGGUUUCUGGGUUAGAAUCUACUGAAUCAAAGAGGAGUGUAUCCGUGGUAAUAAAAAAUAGCUCAGACUGUAAUGGAGUUUCAUGUGAGAAUGGGCCCUCUUUUAAUGCUUCUGAUACUUCCCAUAUUAACAAGACGAAAGAGAAUGAAAGUUCCAGCAUAUCUGGAUUUGCAGAGAAUGAUUCUUCUGAUAGGUUAUUUGAUGUUCCAUUCAUUGGAGAGGAAAAGCACUCUGCAGGUGGUUCUUCCACAUUUGUUAAUUGUUCAUCUGGGAAGCCUCAAGCUGGCGCAUUAAAAAGGCAAUCUAGUCAAAGUAGUCUCGUAGAAGCUGUAUUGUUGAGAAGUGAGGGCAUUGACGAGACUAAUUCUACCAGUUCAGAAGCUGUGCAUCCUAAUAUUGGGCAGAGGAUAGAGAAAGGUACUUCAAAGUGGCAGUUAAAAGGCAAGAGGAAUUCAAGGCAAAUAAGUAAAACUAGAAAACAAGACUCUACAAAAUGUGUGAACAUGGAUGACAAAUCCAAUGCUUGUUUGACAGGUAUAGAGCAGUCGUCGGAUGGAAUAUCUCAGGGUUGUGAUAAGAAAUUGGAUUGCAAUUGCAUAAACGGAUUUUCUGGUUCUCAUGACUGUGCUUUACAAACGAAGCCCUUACAAGUUGAUGAAGAUCAGGGUGAUGGGUCCCAGGGAUGGAGCAAGCAUCUGUUACACAAGGAGCCUAACAUUAGUGGGCUGACUGCUGAGGUGAAGCUUCUGCCUGAUGGCUCACUUCCACCUCAGAGGUUACUUCCUUAUCGCCAAUCCCGCUUUACAGUUCACUCCAGAUAUCGGAUGUCGGAUUUCUCUAUAAAAAAUCUUCCUUUUGAUUCCUCAUUAUAUGAGGUUAACGUUGAGGUGAAAGCCAACUAUAGGCCAUCCCAUGUUCCAUUGGUGUCCCUAAUGAGUAAGUUGCAUGGUAAAGCAAUAGUUGGUCACCCUCUCGCGGUGGAGUCUUUGGAGGAUGGCUGCUGUGAUAGUCUGUUAAGGACGGCGGAGGGUGAAUUUGAAGAUGCUCACAUUGGUUAUGUCAAGCGAAAUAAAGGAAGGGGAAGAAUUCCGAAGCAUUUGCUAUUGCAACCACAAAAUUCACCACACAAAUCAGCGAAAACAAAGAAAUCUGGGCUAUUGCCAAAGAAAAUCAGGAAACUAUCAUCACUAACUGGUAGCAAGAAAUUGGAGGAGAUGAAAUCAGUUGUUGAGAAACCAAAGGGUCCUGUAAUAGCUUGUAUUCCGCUUAAAUUAGUAUUUAGCAGGAUAAAUGAAGCAGUGAAUGGCUUGGCACGGCAAACACAUCGUGUAUAACUAAUUGCAUGCGUUCCAUGAAAGUCGGUUCUUGUCUGCUUGGGAAGACAUUGUAGUAGCUUCAUUAUACCUGUGAAAUUGGUUCUUUGGCAUUGGCGGGUUUUUCGCUCAUUUAUGGACCAUUGUUUUUUCUCUCUUGUUCAACCAUGUUUGGUCAGCACCCACCAGGCAUUAUGUAUUCUUUCCAUUUGCAAAAUGUCCCGGCAUUUCGUCAUCGUUGAAAGAAAUUGGUAGUAGUAUUACGAUUAAUGGAGGCUGCUUUUUGACUCUGUAUAUACUUGUAACAUUACAGUAGUCGAAAUUGUAAAGAUGGUGAUCUAAUCUAGUAGUAGGUGUUGAAUUAGGUUCCUUUCCUUUUAGUUUAUGAAUUUGGUUCUGGAGCUUAAUAACUUCAUUCCCUGCGGUACCGUCCAACUUGGAGCGCUGAGUGCGGGACAUUAUAAAUUUAUUCUUUCUUUCUGGCUUUAGUUUCUUGCGGGGAAUUAGUGCAUCUUCUCCUUUGCUUGUGUAUGUUCUCGACUGUAUCACGUAUGGAUAACCUGAUAAUAAUACGAGACUUGCAACGAAGCAUGAAGAUGAGUCAAAGAAAGUAAUAUUAGUGGUGCUGAAUUGUACGCAAGUGACACAAGCAGACCGACUUAAGCAACUGUGUGGGCUCAAGCAAGGACUGCAACAUGAUUGUUUGUUUGGGGUGGGUGUGUGUGUUUUUU